AUGUUCGUAAAGAGAAUAAAAACUCGGUGGCCAAUGAUUAAAUGCUUUGUUGUUCGGCUGGAUGAUAUUACACGCAGCGGCUUUAGACGACUGUGGAUAAAGCUAUUUGUCUCAAAAUUACCAAAUAAAUCCGGUCACCGAGAUGCAUUGGACCAUAAAAAGAGAAAAAUUAGAGGGACUCGAGGUGCCUGGAUGAAAUAUAGUAGAGAACCAGUAUCGCCGUUAAAGAGCAUGACAAGUGAUUAA